AUGAAGACAUCAAACACUCUUUCGCUUCUUCUCGCUGCUACAUCCGCUUCCGGGCAUGCUUUGGUAACCCAAGUCUUCGGUUCGAACGGUGUGAUUACAUCUGGUCUCGGUGUUGUCAAGGGCACCCCCCGAACCGGCACUGACGCACAGCCCUUUCAAAUCGACACGCCCACUCUUAAGAAUAUGAAGGCUGACCCCUGCGGCGCGACUCUUAUUGGCGGAAGCAUCAAUAUUCCGACCGCAAUCAAGGCUGCGAUCGCAGAAGGAGGAGGAUCGCUUCCUUCGCUUUCUCCCAACGGCAGUAUCAGUCUCGAAAUCCAUCAAGUUAACGCGGACGGCGGAGGGCCAUUCACGGCCAUGGUUAAUGCUGAUGCAACCGGCAAAACCUGGACCCCCGCCACCGUCCUCGUUCAGGCUCCAGGGAAGAACGGUAUUCUUCAUGGAGGUCCCGCCAAUGCGCCGUUCGCUGUGCAAAUUCCGGCCGACACAAAAUGUACGGGUGGUCAAGAUGGUGCGACCUGUCUUAUCCGCUUGAACAACGGCGGCAAAGGCAACACACUGUCGCUUGCCCAAGGUGCCGGUCCUUUUGGUGGGUGUAUCGCCGUGACGCAAGAUAUCAAUGGGCAAAAGGUCAAGGGCCCUAAGAAAAUUAGCCCUCAAGGCAAUUCCCGCGUUUUUUCGCGGUUCUUCAAUCCUUCCGUCGUAGAACGUGACGCUGUCGUCGGAGACUACCUACGCACUCGUGUUGUCGACGAUUUAACUGAUCUUGUUGCGCGGGGAGAACUGACAGCUGACCUCAUCAACGAGAUCAAAACGGUAACUGGGACGGCUCUCGACAUUCCGAUUGAUAUGCUUGCUGGCCAGAAUGAUGCCGCUGACCUUGGAGGAAACUCGACAACCGCCCCCAAUGCCGUCCUUACUCUCCAGCAAGCCGUAAACUUGAAGAAGGCCGUCAAAAAUGCAAUCGAAAUCUCGUUGAAAAUUCUUUCCUCUGGCGGGAAGGUCGUUGCGCAGAACGCACAGCCGCUGGACCAAACUAACGCGGCCAACGCUGCCGCCGCCGCCGCUCUUCGCGACGGCUCGCUGAAAACAGUUAAUAAGGACAACCUUGGCCAAAUCCAGACCGAGGUUGUCGACUCGCUACUGGGCCCUCUUGCCACGCUGACACGCGCAUCCGACUUCGCGAAAAGCACUGCAACGGUUGCGGGAGAUCCCGCAUUACUUGCUGCAGCUGUCAGCGCCUCCCCGACUACUGCUCGUACAAGACCCGGCCCACCGGGAAGGAAUGGUCAAGGAAGAAAGUUUGGAAAGAGCCGCUUGAACAACUGA